AUGGAAGGGACCUACAUUUUGCGUGGUGGUCGCGCUCGUCGUCAACCUGAACACUUCACUAGGGACCGUUACUUCCGAGUGGAGAUAUUUCGUGCAACAAUCGACACUCAGAUGGCUGAAUUAAAUUUGAAGUUCAAUGAGAAGGUGAUGGAUCUUUUGUCCAUAAAUGCCACACUCAUACCAAGAAAUGGAUUUCUAUCCUUCCAAGCAAAUGAGAUAUGCAGAUCGGUUGAGAAGUACUACCCAAUGGAUUUCAAUGAACAAGAUAUGAUUGCAGUAGAGCAUCAGCUAAACCAUUUUAUGGUUGAUGCUUCUAGUAGUGAAGAUAUGAAAAAUAUUGAAACCGUAGUGCAGCUUUGUCAAAGCCUUGUUGGGACAGGCUGA